CACCACCUACAACUAGUUUGACAGCUCAGUGUGUCUUGGAUCUUAAAUACAGCAGCAGCAGAGGUCUGGAGCUUCCGCAACACUCUUAUUUUCUAUUUUUAAUUCAGCGUGCGCACUUUUCUGCCAAUAGAAAUGAGGACUUCACUGCGUCCGUAGCUGCUGGACACUUCAUCUGCUGUCAACGUGGAGCUUGAAUUCUAUUUCCCUACCACGGUUUUUAGUCUUUCUCAUUCACUGUUAAUCGGGGGAGUCUAACUUCGCCAUGUCGAGGAACACGGAGGAGGUGAACAAGCUCACUGAAGCUACAUACAAGAAUGUGAUGGACCAGUUCAACCCAGGGCUGAGGAACCUGGUCAACCUCGGCAAGAACUACGAGAAAUCAGUAGCAGCAAUGUCCAUGGCAGGAAAGUUGUAUUUUGACGCCAUGUCAAAGAUCGGGGAGAGUGCUGGCAUGUCUCCCGUGUCCAGGGAGUUAGGUUUCGUGCUGACAGGGAUAUCCGAAGUUCACCGAAAGGUUCAACUCGAGUUGGAGGAAAAUUUCAAGAGGUUCCACAGGGAGAUCAUAGCGGAGCUGGAGAGGAAGACAGACAUGGAUGUCAAGUACAUGACGGCCACUUUUAAACGGUACCAGAUGGAGCACAAGAUGAAGCAGGACUCUCUGGAGAAGUCUCAUUCAGACCUCAAGAAGCUGCGGAGAAAGAGCCAAGGGAAGAACGCCAACAAGUAUGAGAACAAGGAGAGUGAGUGUCUGGAAACGCUGGCCAACCGUCAGAUGGACAUGCAGAUGUUCGUGGCAGACGGCUAUAAGGAGGCCCUACUGGAGGAGAAGAGACGCUUCUGUUUCCUUGUAGACAAACACUGCAUGUUUACCUAUCAGUUUGCCUCCUUCCACGACAAGGCCAGAGACAUUCUGACGGCACAGCUGAGCAGCUGGCAGGACCAGUGCAAUGACGCCACCGAGAUGCCCGAGAGUGUUCUGACUAUGAUCGAAGGGCUGCGCACGGCUGUGCCGGUGACGCCGAUGCCCUCUCCGUCCCCUUCACGACACAGUGUGAACAUCUUGGCCCCUCCUGCCCCGCCUCUGAAGCCUCAGACCAGCUCGCUGAUAACCAUGUUCAACCAAGACAGCAGCACAAACGCCAACUCCUGCAACCACAUAGACCGACAGAACAGCGAGGACAACGGUCUGCCAAGGUCUGUGUCGGUGGCUACCGGCCUCAACAACAUUGUGAAGAGGCCACGUGUGCGCACAAUCUUCCCCCACACCGCCAGCAACAACAACACGCUGCUCAGCUUCGACGAGGGCGACGUCAUCGUCCUGCUCAUCCCCGACGAGAAGGACGGCUGGAUGUACGGGGAGCUGGAGAAAAACGGAAAGAGGGGCUGGUUCCCUUCAUCAUACUGCCGUGCCCUCGCUGAGCCUCUCAUGAAUAACAACAGCGUGUCUACGACACCGUACCGCAGCAGGAGCGUGGUCAACCUGCACCAUCAGGACACGGAGACGGACGAGGCCACCAUGAUUCUUCCUCCGACAGACUACAGCAAUUCUCCUCAGCGCAGCCCGGUCAAGAGCAACGUCACGUCCGUCAAUACCGUCACCACCAUCAGCAACCACCACAACCAUCACUCACCGACGCCCUCUGCUGCCUCCUCUUCCUCCUCUGACCACAACACGUCGCAGCAGCCCAACGGCACCUCCAGACCAGGGCCUGCCUACCUGGCAGGAGGAAACCCAUUCGCCACCGUCCGCCUCCGUCCCACCGUCACCAACGACCGGUCGGCUCCCGUCAUCUGAUGCGAGAAGUGGUCCUCCAUGUUCCCUCCACAGGGGACACGGAGCAGCGCCUCCCUGCCUGGACAGAACAAGACAAACUUGCCAUUGAAAUCUUAAAGUUCCAUCACAAAGUAUUUUGGGACUGUUUUAUCGACAUUCGCAUUUAUAUUUAUGAAUAAAUAUAUUUUCUAUUUUU